ACGUCACAACAUCGGUGCCAAUUUCUUCCCUCCCCUAUUUACUUCCGUGGUCAUGUUUCCCCUUACGUCAUUGACAGCGAUCGAUAGCACUUCGGCUUUGACUGCCCGUCGCUGGAAGGAUACUUCGUCUUUGACAGCUGCUGGAAUCUAAAGAAAUCGAUUAUUGUUUUGUUUUUUUGUACAGGCGCGAAACAGGACAUUCGCGUGCAGGUUAAGGACCCCCGGCAACUUUGUGAUUUUAUUGGACGCAGCCCCGGAAGUAAAUGGGGGAGGGAGCCCAGCUCCAGCAAGAAGCAGUCCUUCCGGUGAGUAGAAGCAGAAGACAUGACGAGCAGCGUGCUUGGCAAUGUGGAGAAGAUGUGCUCCCACCUCCCCGUGCUCCUCAACACCUUCCUGGUGUUCUCCAUCACCGGGGAGGUGAGCUACCUGGUGCUGGUGGGGGCCCCGCUGGAGCCUGCCCAGAGGUGGUCCUCACUGUGGAAGUCCAUGCACCUGCUGGCCCAGUUCUUCAUGCUGGGGAACAUCUGCUGGAACGCCCUGCUCUUUGUCAGGACCACCCCCAGCAUCAAGGGGGUGUUCCUGGGAGGGGACCAUGUGGGGCAAGGAUGGAAGUGCUGCUACACCUGUGUCUUCUUCUGCUUGAGCAGGUACUGCUACACCUGCGAGACGCACACCCCCCCACGCUGCUCCCACUGCUACGACUGCAAGGUGUGCGUGCUGCGGCGGGACCACCACUGCGUCUUCUUCGGCCGCUGCGUGGGCUUCCGCAACCACCGCUACUUCCUGACUUGCCUGCUCUACAUGUGGUCGGGGCUCCUGUACGCCACCUGGAUGAACGCCGAGGUCUUCAUCCUCAUACUGAAGGAGGGCGUGACUCUGCACAGCGUCCUGCUGCUGCUCAUACCCUGGCUCAUGCUGGUGUCAGGCCAAGUGUCUGCACGGGCCUUCUCUUUCGCCUUCAUCGCUGACACCUGUGUGGUGGGCCUCCUGCUGGUCUCCGCCUUCUUCUUCUUCCAUCUCUUCCUGCUUGUUCGGGGGCAAACCACCAGGGAGUGGUACUCGUCCCGCAGGCCCUACAAUCUGGGACUCCUGGGCAACUUGCGUCACACAUUAGGCAGCCGCUGGUACCUUGGCUGGCUUUGCCCGCUCAUCUCAUCGCCACUACCGGGGGAUGGGAUACACUUCCAGGUGACGGGGUCACUGGAGCCCCCCCGCCAAUAAGACUGGGGCUUGGGGGGAUGGGGUACACUUCCAGGUGACGGGGUCACUGGAGCCCCCCCCCUGCUAAUAAGACUGGGGCGUGUAUUUUGCUGUGGACUGAACAACAUUACUUUGGCUGGACUAGAAGAAUGUUCUAGUUAUGUUUCACUUAUCAUGACGAUGAUGGCUUCUUAGCUGUCACAAAUAGACUGCGGGAUAUCAAGUCCACCAUCUGAACAGUGUUUUUGUGUGUGUGAUUAAGAACCAGUGGCACCAUCUUUCCAGCACCACCGGUUGCCUUAUUAGACCCCUUUUUAGUUGAAUGUUUGUAAGUAUUUUUUUUUCCUUUUGCAGGUUUCCAUUACAGCCAAAGCUAUUUUCUCAGUAUUGUUGUUUUAUAUGCCUUGCUUUGGUUUUGGAAGAUGUUCUUUUUUUUUUUCCUUUCAAAACCUGAAAUACAUUUUGUGUUUACUGUUUAA